AUGGCUGCUCAACAAUCUAACAACAACGCUUCUACUAGAGAUGCUAAGACUGAAGCUGGUAAGGACAACUGGGUCAGAAAAGUCAGAGGUGGUUACGCUUCAGGUGGUUGCACUAUUGUCUAA